AUGGGAUCUCAUGCUUCUGAGUUCGUGCUCGUGAUCGUCUGCACGUUCCUCAUCUUCGGUGCAGAGGCAGAUGACGAGGACAUCAAACAGGCUUUCAACGGUAUUGAGGAUUCCGUAGAAACUGACAACGAAAACUCUCUUGGAGAUGAGCCCAAAAAAGAACUCUUAAAAGAAGUCGAGAACAUCAACAAAGGUAAAGAAGCCGUGAAUCUAACUGAGGAUCCUGACAAAGACAAGCAGGCCGUACCAUACGAGAAGAAGAACGAGGAAUUCAAGAAGUUCAAGACAAAAGAGAAGGGUUCCGUCAAGAAGAAAUUCAAGAGGGAGGAUUCCGUAGAAACUGAACCCCCUGAGAUUUCAACUCGAGAACUUGCUGAAACUAGUCCUUGCAUUUUUAAUGGAAGUGGUGAGGCCACUUCUACGCAGGACAGCGGUUCUGACAAGCCGGUUACUGAACUUACUGAAGUAAUAAUCAAACACACUAUAAACUCAGCUCAGAAAGAUGCCAAAAGUAGUCUUGGCAUCUCUAAAGGAAGUGGGAGUGAGGUCACUACUAUCCAAGACAGCACUUACACUAGUCCUGGCAUAGUUAACGAGAAUGGUAGGGGUACUUCCACCCACGACACCAGUUCUAGUAAACAGGGAACUGAGCAACCUUCAAUGAAGACCAAACGCUCUAGGAAGCCAGCUCGGAGACCCAAAACUAAGCCUGGCAUCUUAGAAGUGAGCACUGAGAACAUUUUCAUGCAGGACCGUGGUCACGGUGAGCAGGUUACGGAGCGUCGUGGAGAAGAAACCCCAAAAAGCCGGGCCCAGAAACCCCAUUAUUACAAUACGUAUGACGACGAAGAUGAAGCUGGUCGUGCUGACUUUGGAGUCGAAGUUUGGAAUCCGGAGAACUCAGAAGAUCCCCAUGCCGCGGACUCCGACCAUGUUCCAGACGACCCUGCUAUGACACCCAUUGAUCUAUUCUCGCUCAAUUUUGGUAUUGCAAUAGUGAUUAUCUCUUAUAUGUUCCAUUUCUUCUAG